CAGCCCGGGCUCCCUUUCUUCCGCCAGGCCCCAGCUGUCCCGACGGUGGGGCCGAGUCCGACCCCCGGGACCCUGCUCCCACGAGGCCGAGGAAGGCUGCGCUUGGGGCACCCAGCCGGCCCCCGCAGUCUCCAGACUGGGAACCCGGGGAGGUUGUCGGAGCGAUGAGCCUGGAGCCGAGGACUCGGAUCCUGGCCACGUGGACCCGGCUCCUGGUCGCUGCUGCACUGACAUCCAGCUUGCUCCCUGGAAGUUGCCUGUUCCUGGCUCUCGGCCACCUGACAGAGGCCAUGCCUGGCCUGGCCUUACCCCAUGGCUUCUGUCCCUCUGACUCAGGUCACCUCACCUAUGACGAUCGUGGGAUGUAGCAACCCAAAGUGACUGUUUUUAGUCACAGGUGGUGGUGCACAGCUGCAGUCACAGCUACCUGGGCGGCUGAGGCAGGAAGAUCAAGUUUGAGGGCCACGCAGCGUGUGGGGUUCCAGCUCUCAUGGCUGUAGCCAGCGUGACCCCCCCGGGCUCCCUGGACCUGCUGCAGCCAGGCUUCUCCAAGACUCUCCUGGGGACUAAGCUCGAGGCCAAGUACUUAUGCUCUGCCUGUAAAAAUGUCCUGCGGAGGCCCUUCCAGGCCCAGUGUGGCCACCGCUACUGCUCCUUCUGCCUGAACAGCAUCCUCAGGUCUGGGCCUCAGAACUGCGCUGCCUGUGUUCAUGAGGGAAUCUAUGAAGAAGGUGUUUCUAUUUUAGAAAGCAGCUCAGCCUUCCCAGACAAUGCUGCCCGCAGGGAGGUAGAGAGUCUGCCAGCCAUCUGUUCCAAUGAGGGCUGCACCUGGAAGGGGACCCUGAAGGAAUACGAGAGCUGCCAUGAAGGACUCUGCCCGUUCCUGCUGACUGAGUGCCCUGCGUGUAAAGGCCGGGUCCGCCUUGGGGAAAAGGAGCGCCAUGCUGAGCAGGAGUGCCCGGAGCGGAGCCUGGCCUGCCGGCACUGCCGGGUGCCCUGCUGUCGAGCGGACCUGGAGGCACACCACGAGGUCUGUCCCAAGUUCCCCUUGACCUGCGAGGGCUGUGGCAAGAAGAAGAUCCCUCGGGAGAAGUUUCAGGACCACGUCAGGACUUGCGGCAAGUGCCGGGUCCCCUGCAGGUUCCACGCUGUGGGCUGCCCUGAGCUGGUGGAAGCCGAGGAGCUACAGGGGCAUGAGGGGCAGUGGUUGCGAGAGCACAUGGCGCUGCUGCUGAGUGCCCUGCUGGAGGCCCAGACCCUCCCGGGGGGCCAGAGCCAGGCGGGACCCGAGCUGUUGCAGCGGUGCCAGGCCCUGGAGCGGAAGACGGCCACCUUCGAGAACAUUGUCUGUGUCCUAAACCGGGAGGUGGAGAGGGUGGCUGUGACUGCGGAGGCCUGUACCCGGCAGCACCGGCUGGAUCAGGACAGGAUUGAGGCCCUGAGCAACAAGGUGCAGCAGCUGGAGAGGAGUAUUGGGCUGAAGGACCUGGCCAUGGCUGACCUGGAGCAGAAGGUCCUAGAGUUGGAGGCGGCCACCUAUGAUGGGGUCUUCAUCUGGAAGAUCUCGGACUUCACCAGGAAGCGCCAGGAGGCUGUGGCUGGCCGCACACCGGCCAUCUUCUCCCCAGCCUUCUACACGAGCAGGUACGGCUACAAGAUGUGUCUGCGUGUCUACCUGAAUGGCGACGGCACCGGGCGGGGCACACACCUGUCUCUCUUCUUCGUGGUGAUGAAAGGCCCUCACGACGCCCUUCUCCGCUGGCCCUUCAACCAGAAGGUGACUCUGAUGCUGCUGGACCAGAACAACCGAGAGCACGUGAUCGACGCCUUCAGGCCGGACGUAACCUCCUCAUCCUUCCAGCGGCCGGUCGGCGACAUGAACAUCGCCAGCGGCUGCCCCCUCUUCUGCCCCGUGUCCAAGAUGGAGGCAAAGAACUCCUAUGUGCGGGAUGAUGCCAUCUUCAUCAAGGCUAUCGUGGACUUGACGGGGCUCUAGCCACCCCUGCCUGGCACAGUGCUGAGGGAGGAGCCACCGCGGGGCCAGGGUCCUGCACACAGGUGUGCAGGAGGAGCCGUCGCCAUGCCAGCAGCAGAGACGGAGCAGCUCUGGUGAGCCCUGGCCUUUCUGGAAGGGCCCCGUGUGGGCACCAGCGCUCCUGGCCUGCUCCUGCUGGAGGAGUAUCUGCGGCUGCCGGGAGAGCGGCAGGGUGGCCCUGGAGCACAGGGGGCUGAGCCCCCGCAUGCACUGGACAGGAGUGGCCGUGCUGGCCCUGGGGCUGUACCCUGGGCUGAGGAGCUGUCGGUAUUAAACCUUUGAGACCCUGUGGUGAGUGGUGUCCAUCUAGC